AUGUCUCAGGUGGAGAAGAAAGCAGGGCUGCUGCGGAGGACCUCAUCCUCCAAGAAACCCCUGAAAGAGAAGGUGGUGCUGAUGUAUGAUGAGAUUUUUGCGGUAAGUAUUACAGUGAAAGACUGCUUUUUACUGAACAUUGAAGAGUAAUUUGAGUAACAGUAAGUUUAAACCAAGUUCUGCCCUUUUUUAUUGAAUUAGAAAGAGGAUCCAGCCAAAAACAACCCUCGCUUCUGGGAUGAACUGUUUCUCAUGAAGGUAAAGUGAAUGGGACUUGACGAAGUUACACACUGUUGGUUUGAAAUGGUCUCUUGUUCUGUGAAGUAAAAACUGUAUCGUACUGCAGAAACAGUAAAGCUAAAAGAGACAUAUAGUGGCUAUAAAAAGUCUGCACACCCCCAUUCGACUGCCUGGUUUUAGUGAUGUAAGAAAAUGACAGAAAGAUAAAUAUUUUCACAACUUUUUCCACCUUUAAUGUGACCUAUAACCUGAACAACACAAUUGAAAAACAAACUGAAACCUUUAAGGGGAAAAAUAAACAAUAGAAAAGUUAAAAUAACCUGGUUGCAUAAAUGUGCACACCCUUAAAUGAAUACUUUGUUGCCGCACCUUAGUCUUUUAUUACAGCACUCUUACAAGUUACUGCAUCUGUGCGGUCUUUGUGUCUCUUGGAUGUUUUGUUGUAAGGCGUUGCGCUAGAGAAAGCGGGCUGAAUGGUCGGCUGUUUCAGCUGCACAGACGCCAUGGGCUCCUUGCUCUGCUUGGGGUUUGUAACCUUUUGCGUUGCGCAUGCUCUGCUGCAUGGCACUGCUUCAGGUGGUGAAAAAGAUUUGAGGUAUUCCCCAACCUUGUGAGAACAUGUACUCGAGAUAAUCUGCAGUGCACAUUACUCUGCUUCAUGUCCGACCUCAAAAAAACAAAAAUACCUCCACACCACCGACGUUUUCGUGCCAAUGUUGUAGACGACGUCGUCAUCUGUUGAGCCUUCAUCUGCAUUUCUGCCGGGGGUAGCUCUCAUUUUCUUUUUUCUCACUGACUAAUUCAGCACAUGAUUGGCUCACCAUGAAUUGGACCCGUAGCAACUCCCCAAACAUGGUACAUUGCUGGCUAUUAAAAAGGAUAUUGACCAUGUUUCAUUUUGAUAUUGAGGGAAAUUAAUUUUCGAUAUUUAUAUAUCGUUAUUGUUUUAUCGCACAGCCCUAGCUGUGGUACGUUAGAGGAUUAUCAAUUCAUCCAUACAUACCAACAAUGUUAUAUUUAUGUAGAGCUAGCAGGAAUGUGUGUUUACAUCGAUAAGAGGCCCCCUGUUCAACGUGUAGAAAAGCAAGAUCGAGGCCUCAUCCCCAAAAAAUUGACCUCACAACUUGAAAUCUCACAAUCUGCAGUUUUAUAUUGCAACACAAAGGGAAAAAUUGUGGUAAAGCUAUGUGCUUGUAGACUUUUGAAACUGCUCCAGGAGGUUAUAGUAAACUGUCUUUCAUUACAUUCCUAUAAUUCUUAUGCCUGAUUUUGCCUCAUGUUGUAAAUUUCCUGAGGGAACCUUCUAGAAAGGAUCAAUAAAGUUCUGUCUAAUCUAAUCUGAUCUCUAAUAUAACCGUACAGUCUUCUCCUAUCUGUCCGCCAUGCUACAGGUGAACCUGGAGUACCUGGAGUCCAAGUUGGAGAGUGUUGACGGGGAGGAGGUCCAGCGGAUCCAGGACAACAUCAACUCUCUGUUCCACCACUGUGUUCAGGCACUGGGAGAGGAACACCAGAUCAAAGUGGUCAAUGCCCUGCAGGUAGAGCUAUGCAAUGAAUUAAUUUUCUUGCUUAAACCAAUUGUGAGGAUAAGAAUGAUAUUUAAAUGAGACUAUUUUUCAGUCUUACUUGGAUUAUUAAUUCUUGCAACUGCCAGCGUCUGGAGUUCAUUGUUACACAAGAGUUAUUUUAUGUUCACAUGAAUGUAAAUAUCAAAGCAGUGCGAAAAGUAAUUGGUUAGUUCCUAUGAAAUACCAUCAAUAGUCUAGAAGUGGUUCAAUUUUUAAACCUACUACAUGGAGCAAGCCAUUAUCAUCUUUAAAGUUUGUCUCAAGUCUGUGACAACUGAAAGCAGCAGUACAGCUCAAAGAAGAAACUGUUAGAAAAGAUAGGUUUCUAAAAUCUGCAGGUUUACACAGAAGCUAGUUCUUCAAGUUCAAAUCUCCAUGUGCAAAUAUACACAGUCUGCUUGGCAACGACAAGUGAAAAACGGGGUGAGAUUCAGGCAGUUAAUACUAUUAAAGAAAUCCUCAUAAGUUCUAAAAGAGGGUCUAUUGUAAGAAAUACUUUGUGGGCCAUAACACCCUGAUCCUAAAUAGUCAUCAAAACUUUUGAAGGAUCACGUUUCCCUAAUAGAGGUGACCACAGCUCAUGUUGAAAACCCAGUGCAAUCUUACAAAUAUUACAAUACUUGAAAGAGUCUGGCCUGGGAGGGUUGACCGACAAUAAAAAAAAUUGCCAAAAGGACUUUUAGUUUUUUUCUGGCAGUCAUUUUGGUCCUUUGCUUUCCUCCUCAGACUCUCUGUGCACUUUUCCGAGGGGUUCACCAGAAGAACAAAUCUGCUUCUGGCUUUGACAUCAUCAACAUGUUGAUGGGGUUCGACAAAGCUGAACAAAGAAUGAAGGUGUGUGUUUACAUUUUCUAUAAUCAGGGAAGAAGAGAGACACAUGGUUUGGAUUCAUGUCAUGUAUAAUGUGUGUUAUUGUUUUUGUGUCCUGUAGGACCUGAUGGAGAGACUGGACAGCCUUCUCUGUGGAGAUGGGUCAGAGAGUCUGAAGAGCUUGUGUCUUACGCUGCUGCUGUGUCUUGUGACGGUGAGAAAGUCGAUAACAAACAGGAACUUCUAGUGUAAUGUGAAAGACUUCGGGGAAUGCUAAUUGUGAAUUAUUUGUUUGCAGGUAACAGAUAACAUCAGUCAAAACACCAUACUGGAGUAUGUUAUGAUCAACAGCAUCUUUGAAGCCAUUUUGCAGGUGCGUGAUAUGCAAAAGGCUGUGACUAAAAUUAGAAAGUGAAUCUUAUUUUUUACUAAAUUCAGGAAUCUCUGCCUUAUCUCCUCCUCAGAUUCUGUCAGAUGUGUCCAGUAGAGGGCAGCAUGGCUAUGAUGCUGUGGUUCUCCUGGCCUUGCUGGUCAACUACAGGAAAUAUGAGGUAUGGGUUCAGAUACUCAGAUGAUGCUGUAGGCCAUUCAACAGAGGUGAACACAAUAAAAACAGCACCUGAAGGUUGUUUUAGAGCCGGAUGGUUGGUAUGGGUUUUGUAAACCAGCUUAGUGAGUAUUGUUCCUUGAAUAUGUAAAAAUCAAAAAUGUCUGUAGAAAAAACAGAUGCAUCCACAAACACUCUAGAGGGAUAUUCCGGCAUAAAAUUAAUUUAGGGUCAACCACACUGAAACACCAAGUUAGAUACCCCCUUGAGAGAUGAACGUUGCCGUCAUCAAACGUCUUUUUAGCUUUGCCUCGUUUCUUUAGUAAAGGGACCAAAUACAACUCACCCACUCUCCUCCAGCAGCUGCUUGUUUGUGGGGGGAGUCCCGAUGAGUCGAUCACGGAGUGCAGUGGAUCAUUUCAUGUCAUAAUAAUUUUUUCACUGCAGACGUGCUAGUUCUUCUGCCUCAGCGUCUCGAUCUGAUUGCAUUUCCAUGGAGUAAUAAUCUUAAAUGUUCUUCCUUGAGCUGCGGAACUCUGCUGCACUUGGUGAUCGACUUGUCAGGGCUGCCCCACAAACAAGCAGCUGCUGGAGGAGAGUGGGUGAGCUGUGUUUGGUCUCUGUGCUGAAGAAACCAGGCAAAGCUAAAAAGAUGUUUGGUGGCUAAUACUAUGGCUGGGACUCUAUAUGUACGGUCAAUCCAGGAAGUGACCAGGGAGUGAACUAAAAUAGCAGAAGAGGUUGGAGUGAGAGGUGGAGGAAGGCAGAACUUUGACAAAACUUUUGUUCCAUAUUUCAUAGUACAGCUCAAAGUUGCUGCUUCAGUCUUCAUUGUGUAGUUUUUGCUGCUUAGAGUUGUGCAGGUUGAGCUGUCAGAACUUGAAGCUGUUUUUUGUGUUAGAGUUUUCAUUAUUGAAUCGUUACUGUUUAAGAAAUACUCCCUAUUGAGUCAUUGUCAUUGCUGUUCUCAUCGUGGAUGAAGGAGAAUUUGAGUAAACUCUAGAGUUUAGUGUUUGUAACAAAUUACUGAGAGUUUCUAAUGUCACUGAUGUGUGUUUUUCAGUCUGUGAACCCGUACAUAGUAAAGCUCUCCAUUGUGGAUGAUGAGCCAACACUUGAUGUAAGUAUGAAACAGUAGAAUAAGCGAUAACAGACAGGUUAUCAAAGUUUGGACUAAAACUCUGGAUGCUUUCUUCCAGGGGAUGGGGAUGGUUGUCCACCAAGCUCUGACAGAAUAUAACAGGUAAGAUUUAAAAAUGUCCAAGCAUCCAAGACGUGUUUUUAUUGACUAAGUACAUGGUGAGCUAAGGACACAGGCGUCAUCAGUUUAGUUUGAUGUCUAUUUCCAUUCUCCUGAAUAAAACAACAAAAACGUUUUAUUCUUUGGGUUAUUUAUAUCUGACAUUUUUCUUUGUCUGUCAGUAAUGUUUUUUUUUUUGGAUGAGGCAGAGGUCUGAAAAUUAAAAUGCUGUUUGUGAAGCCUGCAUGUGUCGACAGAUGCAUCAAAGUGAUGGAUGAUGUCUCUGUACAGUUCAUUGUUUUUGUGUAUAAACCGAAUACUGCUUAGAUAAUAAAUAGCAGUGGGUUGAAGGAGAUGUUAGGGAAGUGUGUGUUAGAGUACAAGUGCUAUGUUUAAGUGGAAUCAUAUAUCUCUGUCAGAGCUGUUGUACAGCCCUGUCAGUUAAUUUCCCGUUUCCUUCAUUUUUUAAUUACUUAAGUCUUUCUUUACUCGACCUUUUAGGCAGUACAAAGACAAAGAGGAGGAGAACCAAGGUGGCUUCUUCUCGACCCUCACUAGUAUGGUAAGAUCUUACUUUAUAUUAUUAUGAUAGACAUUUUUUAAGAUUGCUUUACCCUAAAUAACAUUCAUGUGCCACAUUUGAUGAAAUGCUUUUUAAAGAGCUGAUAAGAGAUCUUUCUGCUUACAGGUGGGAAGCAUGUUCAUCGCUGACGCUGACGAGAAACUCUCUGUACAGUAAGUAUAACAUCAUAAACGUUUAAGUCGUAAGCCAGACUAAAUUGGAUAGCAUGGAUGAGAAAGUCCGUUACACCUGUGAGCUUAGUCUGUCUUCUGUUUAGGGCUGUAAAGUCCUAGUCAUCUGGUUCACUUAUUGGUCGAUGCGUGCUGAGUCGACCAAAAUUCUAAAUGGUCAACUCGAUUUUUUCCGCGUCAAUUUACAGUCUAUGGUUAAUUUCAUCAGGAGAAACGUACCAAGUGAUAAUGGUGAUGUUUUCAGAGCACCCCUGUCUCAGAACACUCCGCUUGUUUUCACCAUUUUGGGUUUGCCCGACCCAUUGGAGACCGGCUGGAGACAGGAAGAUUGAAGAGCGUCCACGUCAAUAAACAUCCGGUGGUUUGCCGAAUAUAGCAUUUGUGUUUAGUUGCCUUCUUGUGCUGAUAUCAGUAUAUUUUCACCCCGCCGAGCUGUGUUGUUGCCUGUCACAGAAGAGUUUGCCGUCAGAGAUGUAAACCCCCCACCCUCCCGUUUUUUUGGUCGAAAAUUCCAGGGCUUUAGUCGACCAAGAAUUUCUUUGUUCUUCUUCUGUCUGAUUGUUUCGGUUACAAAUCUUUAUGUAAUUGAACAUAUAUUCUGUUAGAAUAAACAGCAACACUUCCUGUACAGCAUUAAUCGCACACCAUACAGUCUACAUCAUCUUUAUUCAUCAGUUAAAUAGAAAUUAUAGGUUGAGUUUAAGUCUCUUGCUUGAAGCUGUGAUUACAUGAUUGCGAACUCAAAUGUGAUUUGCUAAAGGCAAAGCUUUGUCGUGUGUUGAGGACAAUAUUUAGUCACAUAAUUGAUUAACAGGUUGAGGUUGUUACCAGGUUAAAUCCAAGUCCCGCUCCUCUGCGCUCUGUUUUGUGGAUAUGGAGGUUCACAGGAUUGUGUCUGUGUGGCCUGCGGCUGCUUAGGAUGAAACCAUGUUCACAAAAAUAUCGAAGCAUCAAAACUUUGAUCACAGCUCCACUUUAGAUUCUGUGACAUAUUACUGAAAAAAAGAACUGUAGGUGAAAAUCGAAUGUAAGUAAUUUGAGAUAUGAUGUAUUGGUUGUUAUGCAGCAGUUAAUGAAACAGAAAAUUAAAAGAGUGACCUGCUGAAGCGAUUGCUGAUAAACUUUCGACACCAGACUGCCCCUCCACUUUUUCCUCAAGUGUGUCUGCAUCACAGCAUGAAGCGUCUUUCUGCCUGGAGUUUUGGAGAUUUAAAAUGAGUAAAUUGAGUCUGACCAUAAACUUUCUUUUCUCUCAAGAACAAAUGAGGCGAUCCUGUUGGCACUUUAUGAAGCUGUGCACCUGAAUCGCAACUUCAUCACUGUGUUGGCUCAGGUAAGAUUUAUUACCUUUUCUCUUCCCCUACUAAAGGACUCAGCCUUUAUUUUCAAGUCAUAAAAAUGCAACUAUCCAAUGUUGAUGUUCGUUUGUUGUUGUUUUUUUAACCUUACUAGGAGAGACUCAGAAGUGUCCCCAAAUUAGUCUUAGGGUUUGUAGAGUCCAAAAGGGUCUGAAAACUACAGCAGGACAUUUUCAAGAGCUUUUUGCCUCGAGAAUACCCUUACAUGUUGAACUUUUAGUCUUUUUACACGUAUCUCAAAGCUCUUUGUAUAAAAAAAACCUUAGCCCAUUUUUCUUUUUACCUUUGGCGUCUUCAGGUCGCAUCUUUUCCAUCCUCCAUCCUCUAAUCAAGUGCUGUGAUUUAUAUGUGAUAAUAUUGGGGAAAAAUGUUUUGAAUAUUUUUUAUUGUGAAGCAAACAGUGUGUCAAAAAUACAUCCAUCUUUGGUUAAUAAAAUGCUCCAAAGCUUUGUAGCAUAAAUAACAAAUGUGUAUUAGUGAGGAGAAAAAGGUUACCUCUUCUCUGACCAUGUAUAAAAGUAGAUGUUAAACCUCUAAAAUUACUAAGUUUUCACACUUCUGUUUGUGCUUUUAUCUAAAACUGUGACUCAAAAUGAAAAUCAUGUGUCCGCCAUCGUAAACUUGACUCUGUCUCUUUCUGUACGAGUUCCUUUUGAAAACUCAACCUCAGUACAUCAGUCGUCCUGCCCCGCUAUCCUUAGAGAAAUGAAAAAUCUGAGGUAGCUUCCACUCUAAAGCCACUGAACCACCGAGCAGCUUUUAAAUAAAUGAGCAGUGGUUAUUAAUGCACCCAUCUGUGUCCAUGUUUUUCUCUGAGACCUCAUGUGACCCUGUCCAGCCUGUGCUUUUACAAGAAACAACUUUUUACUAUUAAUGACUGAACAUGUGUAUAUUUGCUGUUUUAACAGAGCCACCCUGAGAUCAACAUCCCCACCACGCCCACGACCCCGACUCCAACCACCCCCACAACACCGCUUGGUACAACACCGCCUUCACUAGACAGUAAGUUUAACACUUUGUCCGUUUUACAUUUCGAGACUUUAAAGUCCCACUACAAUCGUAUUUUUUUACUAAUUAAAGUGUUCUCAGUGGUCUUAAAUUGUGAUUAGUUUUUAGCCAAAAUCACGUUACUUGUGUCAUUUUUAAGGGUUUUCCUUCUGCAGAGCUCUAGUCGCCUCUGAGUUGUGGACAGACAGCGCUGCUCUGCACACUCAUCUUAGUGCUAGCUUGUAGGCUAACAUUGUCGGUGUAGUAGAAGUAGCAGGUGACAUAAGAGCUAUCCAGCUCUCAGACACUAAUGUCUUUAGUAAAUAUCAUGAUUAGCUUUCUUACAAGCAUUGCAAUCCGCUCUCCUCCUCUCAUCCUCUCUAUUUCUCCGAGCCUGGCCUGCAUGGCGGGGCUCUGAGGGUGGAGCUUGGAUUUGCUAUGUAGGAAAUCUCCCUGUAUCUAAACCUGCCGUUUGGGUCUGCCAGAGAUUCACAACUAUUUGAAUGAAGAAAUACUAAGAAAUGCAAUUUCACACUUAGUUCUCUCAUGAUAUGCCCUAUAGCAUCAGAAAAAUGCCAUAUGAACAUGUAAAGAACAAGAAAAACAUGAUUUUCAUCAGAGUGGAUCUUUAAGAAACUUUGUACUAGAUUCUUCCCAGUUACUCUGUACUUGUUUCAACUCUGCUCUUCAGCUUCCCUGCUGAUUCAUUACUUGUUCAGAGACUGAUAGCUGGUAUUUGGGAGUGAUUUGCAUUGAGAGUAAAAUGAAAAACUUUAUGCCAAAACAUAGAAUUUAAAAUAUGAUAAACUCCAACUCAAAACUUUGCAUAAAUACCUUUUAACAAACCUUUAUUCAAAACCAAAACCUUCAGUUAAGAGUUAACCAGUUUCACAUACAGAACAGUUGUACGCACAUGAACAAGACUCAUCUGGGGUAAAAGUUUUGCAAGAUUUCGCAAAAAAUCCAUUUUUUUCCAUCCAUGUCCCUUCAGGGACUCCGUACAUGAUGACACCUUCCUGAGUUUUUAUUUCUAUCUCUUUGAAUCUCUGCACAAGUGUGUCACAGCAGAGUUCUUCAAAGGUAGAUGUUACCAGCAUGUUCGAAAUCAAGUCAUUCGGCAUGCACACACACUGUAUCUGUUAAAAGGUGCAUGUUUCUAUCUUGGGCUUGCUUUAGACCUGAGAGCCAUUUUCUGUAUUAAAUAUUAACCCACGGCUUUAAAUACAGAUGAAUGUUUGACAUGCAGCCUGCAUUAGGCCUUAUCAUGGGAGCUGCAGCUCUUAGAGGACUGUGUACUCGGAUCAGAAGCGCUCGCACACGUGUAUGUGAGCACAUCAGGGGUAUACUCUCCCUUCCACAGCGCAGCCCCAUGCGAUCAUUUGUUUACUGACAGGGUGGAAACGUUCUGAUCAGAGCGAGAAACGAACAAAAGUGGUUCAGAGGUCAUGAAGGGGCAAUGAAGUCGACUGCCUCAUCUUUUAUCCAUGGAACAAGCUGUAUCUUUAAGCAAGCAGAGAUUUUUUUUAAUGGAUGAAGCAGCUGGUAUUCAAAAGACAGCAACGACAGUAGCUAGUAGUACUGGGACAAAGAAAUCACUUUUUUAAAUGUUAUUUGCCCGAAUGAGCGUUCCCUCCUCCAAGGAAGGGCAACAGCGCUUCUUCUGCUGUUUUUGACAGUUAGCUUUGAGUUUACGCUCAGGUAACUGGGACAUUAUUAUUUAUUCAAUAACUCACUGAACAGUUUUGUGGCUCAGACAUCGGUGUCUUUCUUUGUACUUCAUACAUGUGUAUUCAGCGUGGGAGAAAAUAUCGGGUAGGGAUUGUGCUUGAUCUGAGUUUUCUUUGCUCGGUAGUGAUGAACAACCCUGAGCUGCCCCUGGACCCAAACCUGCAGACUGGUAACCUUCUGAUCACCUUUCUCAAAUACGCCUCCAUCGUGAUGCAGGACACUAAAGGUAAUCAUCUGCAUCCUCUGCCUCUCUGUCUCUGUCAUUCACUUCCCAAUUACUAUUCAUCAGUCCACUUCUCUCGUCUUACAGUUUUCUCACGUCGUUUUAUAAGACAACAGUGACAAAAAAGCUGUCCUCUUCGAUCCUACAAUCUUUAAUGCACUUUUUAUCACACAUACCUAAACUUAUUCUGAUCACAAAACAGCAGAAGGAAGAAAAAAGUUAUAAGUGUUAUAAAUGUUCGUUUCCAGAUGAACAUCGUCUCAACAGCGCCAGACUGUGCCUAAUCAUCCUCACCUGCAUAGCCGAGGUAAGAGAAGAGGGACACUGCAAGGACAUUUCACAAACACAGCUGGACAGUUUUCUGACUACACAUCUGUGUGUCUAUGUGUGUGUGUGUGUGUUAUAGGACCAGUACGCUGAUGCCUUUCUUCAUGAUGACAAUAUGAACUUCAGAGUCAAUCUGCACAAAAUGGUGAGUGAAAACUAUGAACGGUUGUUUUUUGUUCAUUAUUUCUGUACAGAUUAUUCAACAGGAAGCUUCUCUCAGGGUUCAGAGUCUUGUCCAGUGAUGCUAAAGCACAUUGACUUGGGAUGGAACCGCCUGGCUGAGAAAUGACUGUCUCUAACACUGAGAACAUAUCUCUUGUUUAAUGAUGUUUUAUGGGAUAUUUGACAUUGGUUUAUAAUACUUAGUAACGGCUCAAAGUGUGUAAUGUAUUUAAUAUCUGUGUUUGUUUUUUUUUUCAGCCCAUGAGACACAGAAAGAAAGCAGUGGACAAGAACAUCCCUUCAAGGCCGCUGGUGUGUGCGGUCCUAGGUACGAAGAGCAUUUGUUUACGUACUCAAACCAGCUGUUACUUUGAUGUUUCAUAUUUUUUAAGGUUAUUUAAGAGGCUGUCAAUUUCAAUGUACCAUCUGAUUUGAUGCAACAGCUACUAACAAGUUGUUAGUGGGGACUGGAUUACUCUCCCGUCUGCAACCACAGCUCUUCAGUUAUAUUCAGUGCUGAAAGGGAGGAAUUAAGAGACAUUUAAAUUAGUUUAAUUGUAGUUUUGUUGUCUGAUCUCAUACUUGUGUCUUCUCUUUUUCCUCCACCUUCUUGCUUCUUGUUUAGAUCUGAUGGUAGAAUUCAUUGUCACACACAUGAUGAAGGAUUUCCCCAUGGAUUUAUACUUGUAAGAACACACUCACAGUUUUCAGUCUGAUCUUCAUCCAGCUCAAGCCCAACAUAAUAACUGCUUCUGUGUGUUUACUUCCAUUACAGGCGCUGUGUGCAAAUAAUCCACAAGCUGCUGUGCUACCAGAAAAAGUGCAGAAUCCGGUUACACUACACCUGGAGAGAGCUGUGGUCAGGUUAGGAUCCCUCACUGGUCUUUGUUAAUCUGUUUUAAAAUACUGAGCUGGUAGGGAUGAUAGGAUGAUAACAGUCUUAAAGAGAGGACAGAGAGGUCUUCAACAAUGAUUCCAAACUCAGAAUAGUAGGGAGGGAUGUAACUUAAUAUGGCAAGUAGUUCUACAGGUGAGGAUCGGCUACUGCAAAGGUUUGAUCGCCCCUGGUUUUGAGGUGAGUUUUUGGCCUGUGCAGGAGCAGCUGAUUGGUUGACUCAAGUGCUCUACCUGGACUGUCAUGUAGGGAUGGGCGAUAUGGGCUAAAAAUUGAUCACGAUAAGAUUUGCCAUUCUGGUGAUAAUGAUAAAAAUAAUAUAUUUCCAAUCUAUAUUUUUGACUCAUUUUGUCUUUAGAACACCAGUUGAAAUAGUCAAAUAAGAUACUUAACCACAAGUUUGAGUGGUAGGUUAUGGAGGAAACUAUUGACAUCAAACUAGUCUCAAAUGUGAAAACAUUUUCAACAUUUGUUGAAAACUCUUAUUGCACAGAGUGAACAGCAGCAGAUCCACAGUCCGAUGUCAGGCAUACCUAAAUGAAAUCAUCUCAGCCCCAGUCUUGAAGGAAAUCCCUCAUGUGGAGCCUCGUUCAGUAAUGAGCUGCUCAGAAACGUCUUCUUCGUUACCUUCAGCCAUGUUUGUUUGUUAUUCUGCUCUGUGUGGGCAAGUCCAUCGCUCGCACAUACAACAUCAACUUGCAUUUAUUGUAUUUAUCAUAAGAUGGCAAAUAUUUAUCUUGGAGGAUUUUUCUGACUGUAUAUCGUAAAUGAUGAUUUAUCGCUCAUCCCUACCUUGGAGCUGGGGACGCUCAGUUGUUAGACUGGUCGUAGUGUAAUCCAUCAGGUUAAUCAUCCUAAAUUAAUCUUGUUCUUGCUGCUGAACUAAAUUUUGGGGUUUGCCUUUAAUUAUUAAGUUCUUGCAUGAUCAAAAAAUGAUUAUCACUGAACAUCAUUGAACAUAAUCACCAGCACCAAACAACCAGAUUUGUCAGCACAAAAAGUAUCCUCAUGUUAAAACAAUUUUUUAAAAGUUCAUAUAAAGUGUCCUUUCUCCUCAUUCCGUCAUCUGACUGUUCACAGAAGCUGUCAGCAGGACCCCAUAGAAAGUUCCUUUCAGCUUAAACAAAAGUUAGAGGACACAGUAUUUGCAUAAUUUCAACACAUUUGAAUUUGACUCCUCUCAGAGUGUCAUAUAUAGUUCCUGCCUCCUCUAAACAAAGCCAAUUUACUACUGAAGUCAUCGGAACUGUUGUUUUUGAGAUCUAUUGCAUCAUUGAGGUUUUAUGACGAGUCUCCAGAGAAAGCCAGUCCAGACUCAUGGCCUGUUUCCAGCCUUGUCAACGCACAGCUGGAGAGGAUAUUAGCUUGUAAUAGCCCUGUUGCAGUGAGUAUCAUUAGGAUAGAUAUUCCUCCACUCAGAAAAAUAAUCAGCCAAAGUCCCUAAAUGACACUGACCUUAUCCUCAUGGUGAUGAUAACUGCACGCUCUGAAAUAAGACUGAAGGAGAAAAAAGCCAAAUUAAAGAGACAUGUUUGUCUUCAUUCGGAGUGUUGUUGUUGUUCCAGCCUGUUUAAAAGUGUGUUAAAACUUUGCACAUUUUGGUUGUUCUUAUGGCUUUUGUUUCUCUCUGUAAGGACCUGCUUUGACGUUGAAAAGUCUCCCCCCCCUCCUGUGUUUCCAUUAUCCACCUUAAUAAAAACACACAGAGUAAAGCAGACUGCCACCAUAUGACUCAGCGUGUCGCCGACUAUCACCACCAGAUUAUCUCAUUGCUGUGUGCAUGUCUCCCUCUGCGCAGCUCUCAUCAACCUGCUGAAGUUCCUGCUGUCGAAUGAGACCACACUGCUGGCCAAGCACAACAUCUUUCAUCUGGCCUUACUGGUGAGAAACGCACAGACACACUCGUUCAGUGUUCAGACAGGACUUUGACGGAGUACAACACAUAAUAGAAAUGAGUUUCUCGAGGGUGUGUGUAUUUUCUUGAAGUGAGAACAGAGCCAGAUGCUAAGUUAGCGGUGCUUCUUUUAUCCCAGCUGUGUGUGCGUGACUUAAAUGACAUAUCAGACCCUAAACUGAUCUUUUUUAAUCAGACCGUGUCUUUUUACUUCCUCAUUUCUCCGACUGAUUGGAGUGUGUUGGUCAUUUCACGUGUGUUUCCUUUUCCAGGUAGUGAACCUCUUCAACAUGUUCAUAACAUAUGGGGACACGUUCCUGCCCACCUCCAACAGUUACGACGAGCUGUACUAUGAAAUCGUACGAAUGCACCAGGUCUUUGACAACCUCUACUGUAUGGGUACGUUAGCGUGAAGAGGAUCGUGCAUCAUUCCAACAAAAAUCUCAAAUAUUAGCGCUCUUGAACGGAUGAAAUUUGGUUAAGAACUGGUUGUUGUGUACAGAAGAUUGUAUUACUGUGUCCAGCUCCUCUCUGUGCUGAUCUUACUUUUUCUUCAAAGCACUGGUUUAUUCCUUUAUCUUCACUUUGCAGUUUAUCCUUAUAAAUAUUGAAUUAUGCAAGUUUUCAGCUCGCCUUCUGUCUCCUUUCUGAACUUUCAAAGUAACUGUCAAAGAAAUUUAAUGUCCUUAAGAGUCCCCUAAACUCUCAGAGUUGAGUUAAAGUGUGUCUCUGUCUUUGUGUCUGAUCCUGUUUUUACUCUGCCUUUCAGUUUUGAGAGUAUCAACCAACACCGGCCAGUGGAAGGAGGCAGCCAGCAAGGUCACACAUGCGCUGGUCAAUGUUCGGUAAGAACGCACACAAGCCAAGACUGACAAAUGUUAAGGAGGAGGAAAGUUUCAUCAUCACAUUGCAGGAUUUAAAAAGGAAAGGUCAAAGUAAAGUAAAUGACGUCAAAGCUAUGAAGCUGUAAUUGGUACUAAGUUCCUUAUCCACAGCCUUGCUUUCUUUUACUCCUCUAGGCCCCUCUUUGAUCAUUUUUAAGCCUUUAUCUCCUAUACUCAAGCCCAGCUCCGCUCCAUAAACAUUUUGAACAAUGUCCCCUCUUUACUAGUUCCCCCAUAAUCUCUCGUCCUCCAUCGUCUCUGAGGAGGUGAUCCUAUGAGGUCACCCUGGCUUUGAGGACCCUAGGGGCCCCCUGUUUCAGCAGGAUCCUCCCCUAGGAUUCACCCUCUAAGGGGGCCCCUGAUGGAGCAGACUCCAUGCUUAUAUAAGGAGGCAUGAGAUGUCAAGUUAAUAUUUGAAAGAAUAGAUGGCAGGGAGGUAUAAAGACACAGUUGCAACCAACUCGCAUGAAGGAAUCAAAUCCACUUUGGUUCUCCCACAGUUAUCGACUCCAGGGUUCCUACUAUUCCUGCGAUUGCAUUCUUGUCUGAUAAACAAAUGCCUCUGAAAUAAACCAUUAAACUUAAACUUUAUUUCAUAGAACGAUAUCCUAAUGCUUGAAAUAUCGCCUCUGACUUAACAUCUCAAAUGUUUUGUUUUCCGUGCUGUAUGAAGGAAUCAAAAAGAAUAAACCGACUGGGACGAGAAGCAGGUGUUUUAGUCUGGGGAUAUUUUUCAAACUACAACCUUUUUGGCGAAUCUAGUGAACACUUCGUGGUAGGACGUGGUAGGGCGAUUUAGCAAAAAAAAAAAGAUGACGAUAUAUUUUGUCAUAUUGUCCGAUCUCAAUUAUUAUCACAAUUUUUUAUGCCAGUUUUUAAGCAUCUGUACUAAAAACUAAAGAAAUUAGAGAUUAUUUCAACAUUUUAUUAACAUACAAGGUAAAUAACAAAGCAAAUUGAAUAAAAUAAACUUGGAAAAAUACAAAAAACAUUUUAACUCAACAGAACAACAAAUGUAGAUAAAUACUAAAUAAUACAGUGAAGUAGUCUUGAGUGUUUUUGCAGGUAUGUAAGAUCCAAAAUAAACAAUCGCCCCCUCAGGGAUAAUGAAGACGCCUUAAAAUGUGAACAUUAGAUGAUGUAAAUGUAGGUGAUAUGAUUGAUUUCUGCUUUGGUCUGGUAGCUGCACCUCUAGUUGUAGCUAAACUGCUAAUGCUACUUGUGCAGUCAGCAGUGACAGGUUGUGCAGAAUCCACUUGCAUUUUCAUGCUUUCAGUAUAAUCACUCGGGAAGAACUUCUUCAAAUGAUUAAACCGAUCUGUUGUGUUGCCGGUUUUUGAGGGCAGUGACUCACGUUGAGUAGCUUUUCUUCUCAACAAUGGCAUCUUUGGAGAAUUACUCAAAGUCACGGCUGACACCUAUUUUGCUGCCCUCAGCUCCACGUUAAGCUCCAUGUUCAGUCAUUUUGUUUACUUCUCCUGUUUACUUUUCCGGCAACUUACAGAAGUGAGCAGGAGAAGCUCGACUCUGAUUGGCUGUUGUGAUGCAAAUUUCCACUCUGUUUAAUCAAGUAAAUAUGCUCACAGCUGAUCAGUGUGAACAAACUGAAAUUUAUCACAAUCAUAAAUCACGACCCAGUCCUACCUCAUGGUAUAACUCAAAAUGUUAUGAGACUUUGUCCUCCCUGAGCCGUCAGAUUUCUUCUCCUGUUGUUUUACAUUGAAUGCAAAUGUAGCUCAUAAAAACUGCCUGCUCAAUAUUUAUGUCUGACAAACAAACAUAAAUACACAAUAAUGACAAGAGGUGUGCUGUACGGAGAAGUCGCUGCAGCACACCCUCAGGCAUCGGACCGAAAAGGCUGACAUCAUCACUUUACAGAAGCUCUGAUAUUUCCCUGAAGCUGCUUCUCCCUGCAGUGUUCAGGUGAAUGCACAGAUGUUCAGAGACAGCUUGUUUUGACGCUCAGGUCCAGAUGAUAAUGAGAUGCACUGAGAUUUGAAAGGAUGGUGUUUGUGACAGAAAACUUGACUUUAUCCGUAGAUUAUUAUAUCCUGUAUCGCUGAGUCUGUUUGAACCGCAUCAGUCAGAUUUUUUUUUUUCUAACCAGACAAAAUCUUACACAAUCUUUCUCAUCUCAGAGAAGUACAAAAACUUUAUAACAUCAAUUCAAGUUUCAUAAAAACAAAGAAAAACAGCCGGCUGGAGAAGGGAGGCCUGUGUGGGCCGUAACACAAAAGAGAAAUUGUUUAUUUUUCAACUGGUAAAAACUCUUCAAACAUGAUUGGUGUAUCAGCAGAUUGAUGCUUGCAGCUGUGAAAUGAUGUCCUUGAAUUUAAUAGAAAAUGUUUGUGUCUUUAAGGGCCAUCAUCAACCAUUUUAACCCCAAGAUCGAGUCGUACGCCGCCGUGAACCAUAUCUCUCAGCUGUCAGAAGAGCAGGUAAACACAACACACCCUCAGCCCUCUUUGCAUGAACAAAACGUAACAUGGAAAUAAAGCAAAAACUCCCUGCUUCAACAUCUCGAAGCCGUUUGGUCACAAUACCCCUGAGAUACGUCUCGUGUCAUUUCAAAAGUAUAUCUGGAUGAAUUUUUUAGUGCGCCAUGGAGAACACAACGCGCUUUAGAGUGUUUUAGAGGGAGUUAGAGGGAAAGUAGUGACAGCUGUGUGUGUUCACAUGAAUACAAAACAUUUUACACAAUGACACACACAUUUGAACUGCACUGUAAACACAGCAAUGCCAAUUACUCUAUUGAUCCAAAUAUGAGCUUUUCUCUUGAGUUAGUCAUUAAAUGUAACUAUGGACAGCCUCCCUCAGCUGUCGCUCACAACUAAAGCGUGAAGAGACAUGCCCAGAGCUACUGAAACAAAGAAGAGGGACAAGUUAGUCAUCAGCCGGGGAGGAGUUAUGAUGACAAUAUUGAAAUAAUAGUUAUUGAUGCUGCAGAUUUGUUACACACUUGCCAAGAAAUGAAGUUGCACUGAGCCUGAUUUCUUAUAAUUAGCAUCAAACUACGUAAAAUAAGCAUGAGCGUGUUGUUAUAAAGCAAAUCAAAGGAACAUUAACCUGUUAAACAGCCUGCCAGACGUUUAAACUCUUAUGCCUCAUUUAUCAAUCAAUCAAUCAAUCAAUCAAUCAGUCUUUAUUUAUAUAGCACUUUUCAUACACGACAUUUAGCACUAAGUGUUUUACACAGAAAAAGGAAUAAAAGAAACAAAGAAUAAUGACACACACAUUCUCUGCCUAUUUACAAAUGUGAUCAAAUUUUACCUAAUUUAAAAGUUAAACUUAUUUUAAAAGACUGAUUGUUAAAAACAACUGUCUUGUUUAUUUUAUUUUCUAUUUUUUAUUUUUUUUAAUAAUUUUUUCAAAUUGAGUUUCAUGCUUUCACCACAGGGUACAUAAUCUUUUUCCAAACAGUACAAUCGCAUUACCUAUCAAACCAUAACAUAAUUUAUCACAAUCCACAUUCUUCCAUGGUGGUGCUGGAAUAACAUGAAACCCUUAUUCAUUUGUACACUAACACAGGAACAACAAAAUAAAAACACACAGUAAACAGUUUCAGCAUUUAAAUCCAUAUACUAUUCAUGCAGAUUCUAUUCUCUGCCCUAGUUUACAAAAAGAUGAAAAGUUAAAACACUGGAAAAAACAGAGGCCCCCUCUCUUUAUUCUUGGAAAGGAUUGAGGAGAUACUACCUGACGAUAGAAAAGACACUAGCUGAUGACAACAGUAAGGUGAAACAAUUUAAUGAUGUAUGGAAACAGAUUAAUGAAGCAGUAUGAAAUAUGAAUUAUUAAACCAUUCAGUCUUACAGGUACGGUAUAGAGGGGGUAGGGGAUCAGUGGAGAAUUCAGGACAGGGACCAGUGUUAAGUGUUUGUGUGUAUGAGGAACAACAGUCUUCAGAGAUAUUUCUCUGAAAAAUUUCUCUGCUUUAUCGUUUCCUCCUAAAUUAACAUUAUUUAUUAUUUAACUGAAGCAGGAAACCCUGAAAGUGUUGUGAUUAUAGAUCCGUGAUUUUAUGUCUAAUGCUCUGUUAUUGUGCGGGUUUCUUUGGCGUCUGAAGCCGUUUAAAGAACGAUGAAUUAUGCUCACAGCUGGAGUCCCUCUGUUGGAUCACUAAUCUAAUAGUGAUCUAACAGGACUACUACCUGAAAGCUGGACUUCCUUUCAUCUUAAGUGGAAAAACUUGUGACUGGAGGAAGGCUGAACUUCACCGUAGUGAGCAUUGUGAGCUCUAUUUAAAACCUAAUCAUUAAUGUUGAACCAAUGAGGAUAGAAUAGAGUAGUCUGUAUUUUUUUACAGGCUGAUAAGAGGGUGAUGGAUUUGGUAAUUACACUCUCCAAUUACCUCUCUGCUUUUAUCCACAAGAUUUAUUCACAACAGAGAGGGAAGGCCGAAGUUAACUUAUGAGCUGAAGGUUUUUAUAUGAUUUCCCUCUAGUGAUUUAACACCUAUUACACACAGGAGAUAAAGAAACUUUGUUUUUCAAUUAGGCCCUGGGUUUGAGCUGUCCCUUUUAACACUUCCUGAAAAGUAAAUGUUGUUGUGGAGAGACUGUAGUACAGUCAUGUCAGCUAAUUCAGGGAUCAAACAAAGGCUCUGCUGCUGUAUGAAUAAAUAAAUACUUGAGAGAGUGGUUACGAUCAAAUCAUCAGAUGGAGAAAUCCGUCGUAUCAAUAAGACAUGGAGCAGAGUGAACUUAUUCAUGAACAUAUGCCUCAGUAACUGUUUCUACCUGCACUGGACAAGAGCGCAUAAAAUCAAAACAUAUUCUGUGACCAUUUUCAGACUGAUUUUUACUCUACAUCUACAAUAACUUUUUUUUUUGAUCCAAUGAAAAUAAGAAGUAAACACAAAACUCACGAACUGGGUUGGCAGCCGAGAUUUUUAACUUUAAAAGAACAAAUGGCUUCAGCAGCUCUUUGUAUUCCACAUUCUGGCACUGUGCUUUAGUGUUGGACAUGUUACUUUUAUAAAGUAAUUAGUUACUAACUACUUCUACCAAGAAGUAACUGAGUUAGUAACUGACUUACUCCACUAAAGAAGUAACCAGCUACCAGGGAAAGAAACUAUUGCGUUACUUUUUUCAUCUUUUUCUUUUUUUUUUAUAUGUUGAAGAAUUUGAAAUUUUUUCCAAGCGGGUUUCCAAAGACAGUUCGUCUUUGUUAGCGGAGCUCACGUUAGCUGGCCUGCUAUCAUCACCAUGUUGUUAACAACGAUGUUUUGGGCCACUAGUUCUGUAGAAGCUUCAGUGGAUUAGAGUUGCUUACAACGAACGUGGACAAACACUUCACUCCGGGACAUAGUGUACGCCUCACAUAUAUGUUCUUGCCUUUAACCUCAAGGAGAUUAAUGUAGUGUCUGUACUUCCCCUUUAAAACGCCAACUUUCCCUCUGAACUCGCCAUUGCUGCAGCUUCCCUCUGCUAGUUUGUGUGCGUGAGGCUUCUGCGAGCAUGUGUGGUUUAUGUACAAACCAUAAACUGUAUAUAGAAUGGACGUCGUCUGCCUCCUCGCUGGGUGAAGCCACUCCGAGAACAGCACCCUCUGUUGAUGGGCUGCAGUAUAGGUCAUCAAUCCCGCCUCCGCCAGCAAAGCUUAUGGAGCUGUGGACAAACUUUAGAAAUUAAUCACACAGAACAUAAUUUUUCUCCCCCCUGCUUGUGAUGUUGACAUGUAGUUAUUGUUAGACUGGUUUGUGUUCAAGUCCUCUUUUUUCUGUUCAGCUCUGUUUUUAAAAGUUAUAAGAGGGUUCAUGUUUUCUUUGAUUGACACUUAAUACAGCCUAUUGGCGUUCAGGAAUUGCGUAGCUCAGCCGGGGGAUACGCUGUUUGAGCCGAGCGUCAUCACAGUGACUCUUGGCGACUCUCCCGUCAAAUGCGCACAACGCUACUGCGCAGCGCUGGUUUCAGGAAAUUAAGAAAAAUCCCAGAAAUACAGAGACCUUUUUGCUUCAAAUCCAUAUACAGGCGGAACCAAGUUGUCCAUGGUAUAUACAGUCUAUGGUACAAACUGAACACUGCCUCUGAUGGGCUUAGCAUGAAAUCUUACUCUGCCUUGUCACCCUCCACCACCACCAAAGGGGGAAAAACCCCCCAGUAAUUUUCAACUUCUGAGGCUGAGAUGAACCAAGUCGAAGGACAACGGUUUCACUGAGUAGUUUGUAACGCGCCUCAUUAAAUUGUCUGUAACAGUAACGGUUGUAACGAUGAAAAUAGUGAUUAGUUAGAUUACCCGUCACUGAAAAAAUAACACUGUUUAUUUUACUUUCGUUAUUCCCAUCACUGGAUAUGAGCGAAAUGUACUCUUGUUCACACACUGAUAUUGAUUAGACACAUACCUUAAAACACGUCAUAUUCCAGUUAAAACAGACAAAUAUUUAUGUUCCCUGUGGCAGCGUCAGUGUGAACAACUCCCAGAAGAGCAUGGAUGAACAGACAGUGUCCAGUAAAGAUAAACAGCUAGAGAGAUGCUCUCAUUACGACUUAAGAGGUUAAACCCCUUGUGAUGUUUUUCUGUUUGGAUAAAAGGCUCAGACCAUGAACUGCUAUAACCCCGCUUUGUUUUUCUCUACCCUGUCCUCCUCUACACUCAUCAGCUUAAGGUGACUGUAUUUUAGAAAGAUAUUUUCGGCAGUACCAUUCAUUAGAAAAUGUGUGUCACUGGUCUUAAAAUUGAGUUAAUAGUUUGAACGAAAAAUAACACACAGCAGGAGAGAGCUGAAUGAAAACAGUAAGAGCUGACAAGUCGCAUCUGACCUGAACAAAAUAAUAUUUCAUCAGAGACAAAAUGUUAAGAGUCCUGUUUUCAGAGCAGCAUGACUCAAACCUUUAUAAUGGGGCAGAGCAGAGGAGGAAAAAGCAGGAAGGGUAAUGUGUUGAUCUAUUUCAGAGACAUUCAAAAGUCACUUCUUUGUCUUUCUUCCUCUUCUUCUUCUUCUUGAGUGUAUAUAAUGUGUGUGUCCAUACAUUUCACUUACUCCUAUUUCUGACAAUACAGCACUUAUGAUUAGCACUUAUCUGUGCUUUCAAAUCACAUCCAUACGCAUACAUAUCCUGUCUCUGUUUGAAUAUGUAAAAUUUCUUGAUCUGAUUAAAAAUUUGAGGGAUCGGAUAAUCUGAAUCCACUGUUUAUAUGAGUGUAAAAUCAAAUAAUCUGAUCAUGACGUGUGUGUAUACAUGCACCAAGUUUUAUUCAGAUUAGAAGCAUUUGGACAUGUGCAGAGUUGUCUGAUUUCACUAAAUCAACCACAGAAGAAGAAGAGUUGUAUUUACGUAUGUGCUGUCAACAAACCAACAAACGCCGUAGUGGCUCGUCAACCAAUUCAGGAUGUUCCCCCCUGUUAAAUAUUGUCACUAGAUGGCACCCUUACUUACUUAUUUUACUGUUCUGUCAAAGGUUGCACUGUGCUUUCAAAUGUAACAUCAUUAUGCCGUAUGAAUGCCUUAUUAUGUUAUUGGAGGAGCAGACACGGCACCUGCGGUUGUGUUUUAUGCCAGAGUGUUAAUAAUGAAACCUCCUGUACUGACCUCAAUCAAUAAACCAAAGGCUUAAGAGUGAAGAUCGAUUCGGGUUAGAGAGUCACGAUCAGAAUAAGUUUUUACAUGGACGCCAAUAACGAUCGGCAUAAACCACCCUUCUCGAUCGGAAUACAAUUUCUUACCGAUUGAGCCGAAUUGGUUUAGAAUCUUCCGAUCGACAUGUUUAUUCCGAUAAUUUGUGUCCAUGUAAACACAGCUAGUGUGACCUUAUGACCUUGUGGGCGGUAUCCUUUGAGUGACAUUUCCUGUUGAGGUGCACAUCAGGUCAGAUCUGGGGUAUCAAAUCUGCCAUGUCACAGAGAUGUGCUUUUGACCCCGUACUAUCUGCCUGAAGUGUUUCCACUCGCUGCAGUUACACUAUAAGAUAAAUGGCCUCUACAAACCCACUUCAUUAAAACCAAGCUGCUGUACUCUCUUUCUGUCACACACAUUUCAAUAUUCGAGUCCAGAAACACACUCCUGCUUUGAAAUGACGCUUUAAGAUAAACAGGAUGAUGACUGUGUGUACGCAAUCAUGUCUGCUUACUGAUGCAGAAAGUUACCCUGUGUGUUUGUGUGUGCGUGUGUGCGUGUGUGCGUGUGUGCGUGUGUGCGUGUGUGUGUGUGUGUGUGUGUGUGUGUGUGGGCAUAAUGCUGAAGCAAACACUUAUCAUUCGAUCAUAGAAGCAGUCUGAUAAAGAUUACGUCGUCUCUCCGUCUCCUCUAAACCUUUUCAUUAUUCUUGCUCUCCUGUUAUUUUUUCCUCUCUAAUCCAUCGGUCACGGCUCACUUUCUCCUCCUCCUCCUACUUUCUCCUCUGCUUUUUUCCCCAUUUGUCAUGAUUGUCAACAAACCCUAAUGCAUAUUUGUUGAGGUUUUUAUUCAGAUGUGCCUCAACGUUUUCUCAGAGAGAGAGAAGAGGAUGAUGAAGAAGGAGGAUAUGAAUUUUUCAUCAGUGUACUACGAGAGGUUGAAAUGAAAACAACAGAAAAGAGAAGAGCUUUAGAUUCAUUAGAGGGAAAAAAAAAAGGAGAGAAAUGUUUUCUGGUUUCUCACACUCUCCAUAAAUUGCAGAAUGAUGUGUCAGCUGUUCUCUGAAUUUACUGUCAAGGCUAAAGGACAAUAAGUUGUUCUGCGAACAUAAACCGUAAACAUCCUCUCUAUAUAAAAGACUGGAUUGUCCAAGAAAUGUGUGUUUUUGUGGGGGCCUGACAAAGUUCAGCUCAUGCUCUCACAGUGUUUCCUGGUGUGUGGAGCUUCCAUGCACAGACAUUAAUAAACGAAUGGAAAAGGUCUGGUUAGGGGCUAUUUCACAGAUUAAUGGGGGAACGGCAGGGGUGGAAGUGUGGAAAAUCUCUGCAUAAUUAGCUCUGAUUUAGCUCACCUUAUCGCAGCUGGACUGUACCUCAGGCAAAUGUGCACAUGAAAUCACAGUACACACACUCACUUCAACAGAAUGACUCGGCUGUAUUUAUACUCUGACCUUAAAGUGGAUGAAGCGGAUUCUCCUAAAUGACCUCCUCACAAAAGAGUAGAGAUGGGAAUUGCUAAGAAUUUAGCAGUUCCGCUUCCAUUAUCAGUUCUCUUAUCGAUUCUCAUUGAGUAAGAAAUAAGAUAAUACAAAUAGUCUUUUUUGCAUUAACUCUUUAAUAUUGUCACCUUUGGACAGAAGCUGUGUCUUAUCCAUGCACGAAUAAGUUGUUAUGUGACCUUCCCUUUGACCACAAAUCUGCUCCCAGUUUGGUGACAUUCGUUUAUCUUCGCCUCUGUCAUUUUACUCUUUCUUACUUGGUGAAAGGGGCUGCCAAAGGUGUGUGAUAGCUACCCGCUGUAGCCUCUGAGCUAGUAUGAUCUGGCAGUCAUCGUCAUCUAAGAGUCUGAUAAGACCCCUUUACUGUUUACAUUGCUAACCUGUUUGUGAUCAAUAAAAGAAAGGUGGAAUAUAGUGGGUUGUCACGCUACCAUGGAGGAUUACCAAUAAAGACUGCAAAUGCAACCUAAAAAUUGGACUUUGACAUAGAGCUGGGCGAUAUGGCCUCAAAUUAAUAUCACGAUAUAUUGAGCAGUUCACCUUGAUAACGAUAAAUGGAUGAUAACUACUCCACAAGCUGCUCACCCCCUCCCACAUUAACUUCGUCUACUUCAGCCGCUCCAACUUUUGAACCGUCCUCCAUCUCCUCACCUGUCUUUCCUUCAUCACUACGGACUGGAUGGGGUGGAGUCACGUCUCGACGUAGGACAGCGUCUUAAAGGGACAUGAGACCAUAGCCUACCUACACACAUCAAAAAACAACUUUUAUUUAUUUAUUUAUUUUGACACAGAAUAUACCGAUAUGGGGAAAAUGACGUUGGUUAGAGUCGUAAAUUUUGGUUUCGGUAAAUUUUCAGUUUAUCGCCCAGCCCUAACAGAGGAUUACCAAUAAAGACUGCAGAUGCCACCUGAAAAAUCGGACUUUGACAAAUGGCACAUGACCUCCAGGUCAGUGCAAAGUCAGUGAGCAGAUAGAAGAACCUCAGCAGGUGGACAGAUGUUUCGUAGAGAGACUCAGCGUGAACACCAGAGAGACAUGAAGCACACAGGUCACUUGAUGCUAAUGACUUUGGUAUCUGUGAAUGUGUCAGACUGCCAGUUAUCAAGACACAGACUCUGACUUUGGUGUCUUUACAAAAGAAAUCCUCCUGAGAAAAAGACAUACUCACAGGACAGCUUUGUAUGAAACCUGUGUCAGAAGAAAGCAAUGUUGUAGUCAGUCUGUGUUUUUGGACGGCAGUCUUGUGUAGGUAUUUGUUCAAUGUAUGUUUGAAGUUAAUUCUGCUUUUGUUUGCAAGUCGUUUCCCACCUUCAUUCAAUAAAAUACACUACCUAGACAAGAUAUUUAAUGUUCAAACUGAUAAACCGUUUCUCUCCUCUAUCAUUCCACUAGGUUCUGGAGGUGGUUCGGUCCAACUACGACACACUGACCCUCAAACUGCAGGAUGGUUUGGACCAGUUUGAGAGAUACUCGGAGCAGCCCAAAGAGGCUGCGUUCUUCAAGGAGCUGGUAAGAGAGAGAGAGAGAGAGCGAGUCGAGAAGAAGAGUCGGUGCUCCGUACAUUAGUACAUAUCAGAUUUAUACUGCAGGCCAAGUGCCAAAGAAAAUCCAGUACAGUGGUUCUCAAGGGGGGCCAGGACUCUCGGAUUAUUGGGAGGUGUAGGGCUUCGUCUCCUCUAAGGCUGUCAAAAUGUUCUGAUAAAUCAUAGUUAAGACACUUUUUUUGAUUAUUCAAGCGGGUCCUGGGGGUUCAACUUUUCUCAGAUUCAAGUAGGGGGGACUCCAAAGAAAAAAGUGCAUGUGUGUCUAUAAAAUGAAAGUGUCCCUAGUUAAAGAAAAAUACCUUUUACAGAACUAUACAGAGCUAGAUGUGAAGGUGUUGUCGUCAUUAGUGUUUAAACUAAGGAGGAUGGCAUGAUGGCUCCCCAAAAGUGAAGCCAGAAGCUGUCCUUCUGCAGAGGUUACCAUCAUAGUUGCAGCUGCCAAAUGCCGAAAUCACCCUCCUAGCAGGUGACCCUGUAGCAACCUUAUGAAACCUUUUUUUUUUUUUCAGGAACUAAAUAGUGUGUUGAAGGUUUAGGGACCGGGAUCAAACCUCAGCUUCUUUCUUCUGCAUUAAUGUUGUCAUAUUGUGUAUUAAUGGGUUUCCACCGCUCUGCCUCCAGGUUCGCUCCAUCAGUCUGAAUGUGAGGAAGAACGUCUCUCUGAACACACUCAGUCAGGACAUCUUGCUGAAAGAGUUUUCAACCAUCUCCUGA